AUUUUUUUCCUCUACAAAUUAUUGAUUUUUCCCCCCUUUUCGAUUUCUACUCGUAAGAUAGAGAAGAAGAGGAGCGGAGAUGUUGAUAUCAACACCCAGCAUCUCCAUCAUCAUUACAGACAGCUAAAAAUAUAUGCAAGAAAAAACAAGUCUGCUUUUUUAGUAUGAUUUGAUCUCUCGUGGUUCAUAGUUCUUUUCCCAGGGCCCCUUUUUUUUUUGUUUUUGUGUGUUGGGUCUCUAAUUUCGGAGGGUUAGAUCGAGAAAGAAGAAAACUUUAGGGGAGAUUUCAUCUGGGUUUUAGGUUUUAGAAAUGGGGUCUUCUUCAUCAGGACAAGGAGGUUAUGAUCUAUCGUUCAAGAUCCUGUUGAUCGGAGAUUCAGGUGUUGGUAAAAGCAGCUUGCUCGUGAGCUUCAUCUCCAGUUCUGUCGAGGAUCUUGCCCCGACCAUCGGUGUUGAUUUCAAGAUCAAACAGCUUACAGUGGCCGGAAAACGACUUAAACUAACGAUCUGGGACACAGCUGGGCAAGAGAGGUUUAGAACACUGACAAGCUCUUACUAUAGAGGCGCCCAAGGAAUUAUUCUCGUUUACGAUGUGACGAGAAGGGAAACGUUUAUUAACCUAUCGGAUGUGUGGGCGAAGGAAAUCGAGCUUUACUCUACGAACCAAGACUGUGUCAAGGUUCUCGUUGGUAACAAGGUGGACAGAGAAUCCGACAGGGAAGUCAGCCGAGAAGAAGGGGUCUUUCUAGCUAAAGAGCUCAAGUGCCUCUUCCUUGAAUGCAGUGCUAAAACCCGAGAAAACGUAGAGCAAUGCUUUGAAGAGCUUGCUUUGAAGAUAAUGGAGGUACCGAGUCUUUUGGAGGAAGGAUCAAAUGCAGUGAAGAGGAACAUAUCGAAGCAGAAACCGGAACACAUGGCUCAACAAGGAGGCUGUUGCAACUCGUGACCCGACCCGACCCGACCCGACCCCGAGUUUAUAUGUAAGUUUUUAAAUCUUUGAUCUGUUGGUUUAAUCUUUGAGCUCACAACUGAAUCCAUUCCACCUCCAUCUUCUUUGAAGUUGAUAUUGUGUAAUGUGAUGUAAUGGCCUUCCUUUGUGUGUAAAAUCUGAAAACAAACGGAUGGUUUCUUUGUAAAUUUGUCACUUACCUUCUUGUUAUUAUUACACUGAAGAGAAAGCAAAGACUUGGCGGUGUUUCUUUUCCG